AUGGAAAUAAAACAGGAAAAUGAUUCAUUAUCCGAUGUAAAAUGCAAAAUAGAACCUGACUGGGAAAAUUAUGAAGAUACUCCGGAUUUGAUCAAAUGUGAGCUGAAGGUAGAAAACCCUGCUGAUGAUUUCAGUACCACAAAUGUUGAAGAUUCAGGAGAUUCCAAGAGUUUCUUGAGCCAAAUUAACUCAGAAUUAUCACUUGAUGAUGUGAAACCCGAACCAACUCUGAAAGAUGGAAUGCUAGAUUAUAGUGAAGAGAACCAAAACAGUGAACAUGGUUUGUAA